CAUGUAUACAAUGAUACGAAGAGGAAACUGCAUCUCAGGGAAUCCGGCUCCAAGAUUCCCAUUGAUGACACAACACCCUACAUAAAUGUCUCGUUUCACGGCUUUCGUUGUCACAGAGUCACUACUGUUCCUCUGUACCAAGACCGCUUUCUCUUGGGUAUAUUUGGAAGAUUCCUAGAUGGAAGUCUGAGGUUGUGAUUGUGAUUGUGAUGUGAGUGGGGAUCUGUGUCAACUAUUGUGGCGUCCCAGAUAAUUUUGCAUCAGUUUUUGAUUGGAUUUCUUUGGAAUACCUUCAUUGAUAGAUCUAUCAACUGAGAGGAUUAUAUAUAGGGGAUUGAAAAUGUACUUGGUGGAGAGCAAAGGAGGUGCCAUCGUAUGUAUGCUUCUUGCCUUGAUGUUCUUAGGCACAUGGCCUGCUAUUCUGACUCUCCUGGAAAGACGUGGUCGUCUUCCUCAACAUACUUACCUUGACUACACGAUCACAAAUCUCUUGGCUGCUGUAAUUAUUGCUUUAACAUUUGGGGAGAUAGGCAAGAGCACAACCGAUUCACCCAAUUUUUUAACUCAACUUUCUCAGGAUAACUGGCCCUCUGUUUUGUUUGCAAUGGCUGGUGGGGUGGUGCUCAGCCUUGGCAAUCUGUCUUCACAGUAUGCUUGGGCAUUUGCUGGUUUAUCAGUGACAGAAGUGGUCACUGCAAGCUUAACCGUUGUUAUGGGCACCACAAUGAAUUACUUUUUGGAUGACAAAAUCAACAAAGCUGAGAUUCUUUUCACUGGUGUUGGUUGCUUCUUGGCUGCGGUUUGUCUUGGCUCUGCUGUUCACGCAUCCAAUGCAGCUGAUAAUAAAGAAAAGCUAAAAAAUUUGCCAAGCGGUUAUAUAUUUGGAGCUGAGGCUAUGGAUGUUUCCAUCUCUAAAGAAACAAUUACAAACAAUGUUGGAGAGACGGAUAUUGAAAAUAGAAGUGGUUCUACAGAGAAAGCCAAAGCCGGGACUGCUGGUUUUCUCAUAGAACUAGAGAACAGAAGAGCUAUUAAGGUGUUUGGGAAGAGCACUUUAAUUGGACUGGCCAUAACUUUCUUUGCUGGUGUCUCCUUCUCUCUAUUCUCACCAGCAUUCAAUUUGGCGACAAAUGACCAAUGGCAAACUUUAAAGGAAGGGGUUCCGCACUUGUCAGUUUAUACAGCAUUUUUCUACUUCUCAGUCUCUUGUUUUGUCCUUGCCAUCAUUCUAAACAUCACCUUCCUUUACCACCCUAUACUAAAUUUACCUAGAUCAUCCCUCAAGGCUUACCUGAGAGACUGGAACGGCCGAGGCUGGGCCUUUUUGGCUGGGUUUUUGUGUGGGUUUGGCAAUGGUCUCCAAUUUAUGGGAGGUCAAGCUGCAGGAUAUGCAGCUGCAGAUGCAGUUCAGGCGCUUCCACUCGUGAGCACUUUUUGGGCCAUCCUACUCUUUGGAGAGUAUCGAAAAUCAUCACGAAGAACGUACAUAUUGCUUGUCAGUAUGUUGUUUAUGUUUAUUGUAGCUGUUGGAGUUCUGAUGGCAUCAUCAGGGCAUCGAAAAUAAUUAUGCUGCUGAAAGAUCGUUGUCCGGAAAUUGUAUAAAGCACAAGUAAUCAAUCCAAGUCGAUACAGUUGUAAAGAAGAGCAGGCAUGCCCAACAUCACCUGUUACAUAGUUUCUAGGAUAUGCCUGAAUUGCUGUAUUUCUUCCUUUUGCUGCAUUGCUUUCUGUUACAGGUCUGUUCAAUUUCUCAAUUUCAUAGUCUAAGCAAAGAUAAUAAACAGCAUUUGUUCUAGUUUGGCUAUUGACAAAAUGUAGUUACUUUUCUUUUUAGGCCAA